AAAAAAUUCCAACCAAAACAUCUUUUAGAUGUAGUUUCAAUAUGUUCUGAUAUGGAAUAGGAGUUCUAAACUUUUCAGCUCAAACAUAAGAAUGGUGAGUAGUAUUUGAGUGAAGUUAAUUUUUCCCAACUCCAUCGUGCCUUUUAUAGGCCCUUGGCUUGCCCUUUAAGAUAUCGGGUCAGGAUCUGUGGAAGAUCUUUUUUAUCCGUCGUCAAGGUCUGUGAUCAUGUAAUAUGAUGUAACGGUAAUUGUUAUCAUUGGUUGCUCAAUAGUGAUGAUCGGUUACAUGAAGUUUAAAGGUCUUCAUUAAUGUACCAUCAAGCUUUACCAUUAAUUAAACCCCCAACUGAUGGGGUUGAAGAGGUCUAAGAUCAUCUCAAAUGCUAGUUCUUAAGCAUCGGAGAUGGUUGGUGUGAAGUUCUUAGUUCUUAAAAAUAAGAACUAAUUCUUAUAUAAACAACUUUGCUUAAUGAAUUAUUAGCAUAAACAAAUAUUUUUUCUCUCUCAUUCUUCUUCUUUUGGUACAUAUAGAAAUCAGUUCUCAUUCUUUUUCUCUCUUAAUAACUACCAUGAUGGGCCAUCAUGGGGCUUAAAAAAGGGUUAUGCGUACUUAUGUCAGGUUUGGGGAGAUCAUAAGCCUUUUUUUAUCAUAAGCCUGUUUUUAGAUGCUGUUAGAUCAUAAGCCUUUAAAACCAUAAGCAUUUGCUGAGCUUAAAUUACAUUCAGGAGGAAUCACAUCUCUCCAAACCCAAAAGUAUGAGCGUCAUUCGGCUUGAGUUAAAGGGAAUCACAAUAUUUUCUAGAUUCUACUCUCAAUUUAUUUUCUAGAUUCAAUUAGUCUUUGUUAGUACCAUUUUUCUUAUCACUUUUCUUAGCCUAGUGAAUUCGAGAAAAGUCUCCUUUGUUAUAGAGGACCUUUCCCAAGUAGAACACCAUAAUCCUCUUCAUACCACGCAAUUCCACGUGGCACAGUUAGGUACAGCCACAUCAAAAUAUCAUACACGUGUCCAGCGUAUUCCAGAUAGUCCCUCAUUUCCAUUUUCCUCUCCCACUCCUUGGUCAUCAAAACCCCUUCAAUCUUAGCAGUGAUCACAAUCCAAUUUCAAAUAAUCAAAAUCAUAAACCCAGAAAGAAACAAGGUUCAGAAGAAGAAGAUGCAGUCAAGAGUACUAACAAACACAGCAACAACAUGGUGCAGAGCCUUAUCUUCAACCACCAAUCGCUUCACUCUCAGCAGAGGAUUUUCCGCCGCCAAUCGCAGCCGAACCGCUGACCCUGCAAUCCAUUCCGGUGAACUAGAAUCUGGCCCAGAUGUUAACAAAGAAACUGCCAGAGGUACAACAAGUACGAAUGAUGAUGGCACGAAUGUUAAAUUCGUCGAAACAGAGCACAUGCCCAGUAAAGAAGACACUCUAAAAUCUCCACUUGAUGCAUCCCAGAAACUGAAGAGCGAAGGGGUGAACCAGAGAUUGGACCCGAGCAUGCAACAGAAGAGGAAGAAUGGAUCCAAAGUUCUGGAAGAGGUGAGCUGUGCUGGUUUGGAUGGAAGUCCGUGGCCGGAGGGUGAAGAGAAUAUCAGAGAGGAACAGAACAAGGACGCCAAGGAAUACUUUCGGCAUCACAAAGCGUCGCCGUUGUCGGAGCUGGAGUUUGUGGAUUCACGAAAGCCUGUUUCUCGUGUCAAGGAUGGGACGGUGGAUUCUGGAAGAGGUGUGGAGGUGAUUGGGUGGCUGCCGGAGCAGCAGGACACGGCGGAGGAUUCGCUGAUGAGGGCUGCUGAGAUAUGGCGGCGAAAUGCUAUGCGUGGUGACCCUGACGCGCCUCAUUCCAGGGUUCUUAGAGCUCUUCGUGGCGAGGAAUUUUGAGAAUCAUCAAUCUCUCUUCUAAUUACUCUCUCUUAUGUAUAGUGGCGGACCUUAAGGUAGCGUUUGGUGACGGAGCGGAACGAGACAUAACAGAACGGAACGGGACAGAACAUGAUGGAACAGAACAAUAAUGUUAUGUGUGUUGUGUUUGGUAACUCUGAAUCAAUAGAACAUAACCAUGAUUUUAAUUACAUAUAUAAC